AUGUCUUCCAAACUCCACCAGGCGCCUCCCUUCAGGGCCGAGCACAUGGGCUCACUCCUCCGUCCCCAGAAGCUCCUUGACAUUCGCGAGGGCAAGAUCCGCGACCAGGGCCUGUCCGAAGAGGAAGCCGGCCUCCCGGCCGUUGAGAAGGAGUCUGUCGCCGAGGUGGUGCAACUGCAGCGCGACCUGGGCAUCAAGGGCGUCACCUCGGGCGAGUUCAACCGCACGCGCUUCUGGGGGCUCAUGUGGGACGAGUUCGAGGGCACCACCCGCCUGCAGGAUGCCGAAGCCAGCAUGUUCCGCCUGUACCACCCGGACGUCGUGAGCCUUAUUGAGAAGGACCGCAAGGUCAUGCCCGGGGACUCGGUCAUCGCCGGCGGCAAGCUGUCCCACUCCCCCGAGAAGUCCAAGUCCAACCUGCACGAGCUUCGUCUGGUGCAGGCGGCGCUUCCCAAGGAGGAGUGGAAGAACAUCAAGCUGACCAUGAUCACGCCCGCCUGGUUCCACAUGCGCUACAAGCAGGGCCGGGCCUACACCAAGGACGCCUACGCCAACGAUGCCGACUACUUCAGCGACGUCGCCAAGGUCUACCAGGCCGAGCUUCAGCAGCUCUACGACGCUGGUCUGCGGAACGUCCAGUUCGAUGACCCCGGAAUGGCAUACUUCUGCUCUCAAAAGUUCCGCCAGGGUUGGGAAGAAGACAAGGACAACGACGGCACCGUUGAGGACCUCCUCGACGCCUACAUCAAGCUCUACAACGACACCGUCAGCAAGCUGCCCGAGGACAUGCACACGGGCAUCCACCUCUGCCGCGGCAACUUCAUCGGCGGCCGCCACUUCGCCGAGGGCUCCUACGACAUCAUCGCCAAGAAGCUCUUCCAGAACCUGAACGUCAACACCUUCUACCUCGAGUACGACACCGAGCGCUCGGGCGGCUUCGAGCCGCUGCAGUUCCUCCCCAAGAACAAGAAUGUCGUCGUCGGCAUCAUCAGCACCAAGGUCUCCAAGCUGGAGGACAAGGAGGAAAUGAAGGCCCGCGUCCUCAAGGCGGCCGAGUUCGUCGCCAAGGGCAGCGGUGAGACCAAGGAGGAGGCCCUGAAGCGCAUCUGCGUGUCCCCCCAGUGCGGUUUCAGCACCCACGAGAGCGGAUACCCGUUGAGUCUGGAGGACGAGAAGAACAAACUCUCUCUCAUUAGGGACAUUGCUGAUGAAAUCUGGGGCGAGGCGUGA